GGGAAAGGCAGAACAGCUCCGCGCGGAGCCUUCUGGGAAGCCGGUUCCUCGCCAGUCUCCUUUUCCCAGAGUUCCUAGCGGCUUGCGCGCAGAGGCCUUCUGGGAGCUGUAGUCCGCGCCGCAGCCGCCGUCCUCGACGCCGCUUGCUUCUCUCGGCCUCUCUGCCCUUGGCUUCGACCCCCGCCAUGCUGCCUGCCAGCCGCUGCCUCGCUCCCUCCCUCCGCCGGGCCCUGGCCCUGGGCUGCCAGCGGGCCUCGGCCAGGCAUUAUGCUGAAGCGGCGCCUGCUCCGGGCGGCGCCACCCAGAUGGCCUUCACCUUCGCCUCCCCCAGCGAGGUUUUCUACAACGCGGCCAAUGUGAAGCAAGUGGAUGUCCCUACCCUGAAUGGAGCCUUCGGCAUCUUAGCUGCCCACGUCCCCACUUUGCAGGUCUUGAAGCCUGGGGUUGUGACGGUCUUCACUGAGGAUGGCUCAGCUGCUAAAUUCUUUGUGAGCAGUGGUUCGGUCACAGUGAAUGCCGAUUCCUCCGUCCAGCUGCUGGCAGAAGAAGUAGCACAGCUGGAUCAUCUCGACGUUGCGGCAGCCAAGUCGAACUUGGAAAAGGCCCUAUCAGAGCUUGCCUCAGCCUCCGACGAAGUCGCAAAGGUGGAAGCGCAGAUCAGCGUGGAGGCCAACGAAGCCCUGGUGAAAGCUCUGGAGUGAGGAGGGAAAUCCUGCUGCCGCUUCGUGGAAUCCACAGGCUCCGCUCUGGAUGUCUCCUGCUCUCCUCCCUCUUUUUCUGGUCUGUACAGAUUCUGUGCGGGGUCAAACCCCACAAUUAGUGCUUAAUGAUUAAAAUGAGGUCAAAAGA